AUGGACACAACUCAGUGGGCACAGGGGAAUAUUGGACUGGUUAAACAAAUGGAAGGCUCAAAAGCUCCUAUGAUAGAGAGAAGAGCAAGGCCACAAAAAGAUCAAGCUUUGAACUGUCCAAGGUGCAACUCAACCAACACAAAAUUCUGUUACUAUAAUAACUAUAGUCUCUCUCAACCAAGGUACUUCUGCAAAACCUGCAGAAGGUAUUGGACUGAAGGUGGUUCUUUGAGAAAUGUGCCUGUAGGUGGUGGUUCAAGAAAAAACAAAAGAUCAUCACCAUCACCAUCACCUUCCAUUUCACAUCAACCACCACCAUCAUCAAUAACAAAAAAUAUUACUAUUCCUGAUCUUUCUGCCUCACACAAUAAUAGCUUUCCUCAAUCUGCUUCUCAAAACCCUAAGAUCCAUCAAGGACAGGAUCUUAACCUAGCUUAUCCUCCACCACCAAGUGAUGAUAGCUAUAACACCAUAUCUAAAUUCAUUGAACUUCCGUAUACCACCGAACAAGAAAAAACUCAUCAUCAAAAUACUACUAAUUCAUCGUCCUCGCCGCUUUCCGCUAUGGAGCUGCUCAAAACCGGGAUUGCUGCUGCUUCUUCAUCGAGGGGUUUGAAUUCUUUUAUGCCUAUCUCAUUAUCUGAGUCUAGUGCAAUGUAUAAUUCAACUGGUUUCGCUUUGCAAGAUUUUAAGCCUGGUCUUAAUUUUAGCUUAGAAGGAUUUGAGAAUGGUUAUGCCGGUUUACAAGGGAUUAAUAAUCAAGAGAGUUCUGGUGGUGGUGGUGGUGCAAGGAUGUUGUUUCCUGUUGUGGAGGAGUUGAAUAAUAACAAGCAACAAGUUCCAAAUAGUGGUGAGUUUGAACAACAUCAUCAUCAGCAGAAUAAUAGAAGCCAAGGUGAUUCAACUGGUUAUUGGAAUGGUAUGUUAGGUGGUGGAUCAUGGUAA